AUGUCUGACGAGGAGAAGAAGGACAACGCCGCCCACCUCGAGCACCCCGAGGCCCAGGCCCAACUCGCCGACUUGGGCAACCAGGACGACCACGACCUCGGGAAGUGGGAGUCCUUCAGGAAGUACCCCAAGGCCUCGUUCUGGUGCAUCUACGCCGUCUGGUGCGUCCUCGUCCUGAGCUUCGAGAACCAGGCGGGCGGUAGCAUCUUGAGCAUCCCCGAGUUCCGGAAAGACUUUGGCAACUUCUACCAGGGAGACUACGUCCUGGACGCAAAAUGGCAAGCCGCCUUCAACGGCGCGCCCGUUGCUUCUGCCGUCGUUGGUGCGUUGGGAAGCGGUAACCUCGCGGACUGGCUCGGCCGAAAGACGGUCAUCGCCAUCGCCCUCGGCAUCUCGUUCGUUGGCAUCACACUGGAGUUCAUUGCAACUACGAAUGAGCUGUUCUUCGGGGGAAAAUUCUUGAACGGUUUUGCUAUCGGUGCUCUGGCUUCGGUCACCGUCACUUACAUCGGAGAGGACCCAGGAACUGACGCCGGCUAUCCCCAGAUCACCCCACUUGCCCUCCGUGGCCUCUUUACCUGUCUCUCGGCCCUCUCCUACACCCUCGGCCCCCUCGUCGUCGCCCUUAUCAUCAACGAGACCGGCACGUUCACCAACCGCUGGGCCUACCGCGCCGUCUUCUGCGCCCAGUACGGCUUCGCGGCAAUCGCGGCCAUCCUCCUCCCCUUCAUGCCCGAGAGCCCCUGGUACCUCGCCAUGAAAGACAGAGACGAGAAGGCUCUGAAGAGCUUAGCCAAGCUCGGGCACCCCGGCGACGAGGGCCGCAUCCGGCUCGCCGUGAUCCGGCGGACGCUGGAUCAGGUCAGCCGCGAGACCGCCGGCGCCAGCUACCUCGAGUGCUUCCGCAAGUCGAACCUGCGCCGGACCAUCAUCAGCGUCUCCCCGCUCUGCAUCCAGAGCCUGUCGGGAAUCAUGUUCGCCGCGUCCUACUUCACGUACUACAUGCAGCUAGCCGGCUACAGCACCGCCGACAGCUUCAAGCUCCAGAUCGUCCAGCAGUGCUGCUCGCUCAUCGGCAACGUCAUGUCCUGGUACCUGGUCGACAAGAUGGGCCGCCGGCCCCUGACCGUCUACGGGCUCGCCGUCCUGACCGUCAUCCUCCUCGUCACCGGCGGCCUGGCCCUCCCCGGGACGCUCUCGUUCAACAGGGGCACCGUGGCGCUGCUCCUCCUCUACUGCUGGUGGUACAACGUCACGAUCGGUGCCACCGCCUACACGGUCCUCGCCGAGGUGUCGACGUCGCGUCUACGCAUCAAGACCAUCGCCCUCGGGCUCGCGAUGCAGAACGGGUUGAACACGAUGUGGAGCUUUGUGCUGCCGUACCUCUUCAACCCCGACCAGCUGAAUCUCGGGGCCAAGCUCGCUUUCAUCUUUGGCGGCCUGGCGGUCAUUUCGUUGGUGCACCUGUGGUUCAACUUGCCCGAGACGGCCGGUAGAACCUACGAAGAGCUGGACGAGAUGUUCAUGAAGAAGAUCCCUGCCCGCAAGUUCAAGGAGUACACCCCUGACGCUGCGGUCAGAGGCCAAGCCGUAAAAACGGCCAUGGACAAGGAGAAUAACCUUUGA